AUGAAUCGUCGAAAUUCUCAUUUUUGGUCAGAACAAAAUCCAGAAUGGAUGCAUGAAACACAGCAUCAAGUUAAAUGGAACAUCAACGUUUGGUGUGGAAUCCUAAAUGGACAAAUAAUUGGUCCAUAUUUUUAUGAUGGAAAUUUAACGGGUGUGCGAUAUUUGAAUUUCUUGACAAACGAAUUACCCAAUUUAUUGGAACAAGUACCCCUAAGUGUACGAAAAGAAAUGUGGUUACAACAAGACGGUGCUCCACCUCACAACAGUAACAUUGUCAAAGACUUCUUGAAUAGUCAGUUUCCUGAAAAAUGGAUGGGUACAAAUGGGCCAAUAUUAUGGCCUCCUCGUUCACCAGAUUUGACUCCUCUUGAUUUUUUUUUGUGGGGGUACCUUAAAGAUAUAGUGUAUGCCACCCAACCAACUUCAUUAGAUGAUUUGAUACAGCGCAUUAAAAAUGGCUGUAAAAGUAUAUCAUCAGAUAUGCUAAACCGUGUUUAUGAAUCUAUCCCACAAAGGUUUGAAUGUUGCAUCAACAGCAGUGGAAAACAAUUUGAACAUAAGCUAAAAAAAAUUUGUGAUUAA